ACCAAAGAGAGUUCAUCGUGUGGUGAUCAGCUGUCAAACCAUAGAUGGAUGUAAAGUUUGGUGGUAAAUUAAUUACGCUGGUGAAAUAGACAGCUGUAUUAUACGUUUCGUUCAUCACAUCACGGUGUGGAAGUGACAAUCGAACAUGUAUGGGGUGGACGUCAUGAGGAUUUUGGAAAUAUUAUAAAUCCGACAUAACCUGUGCGGAUAUUUCUUGUAGAUAGAAAUGACUGAGGAAUCAAUUUCAAACUACUACGAAAUACUUGGUUGUGACCAAGAAUCUACUUACGAGAACUUGAAGCAGGCAUACCAUGAGCUGGCCCUGCGGUUCCAUCCGGACAAGGUCUCGAACACAGCUGACAACGGAGGUGAAUUUCAGAAAAUUGAUGAGGCGUGGAAGGUUUUGAGAGAUCCUUCUCUGAGGAGGCAAUAUGACGUCGAAUUUAGGCAGGCGAAACUCGAAGCCGAGAGCCAACUGGUUUACGCUAGAAUAACGCCAGGAGAAUUAGAAGCUACAGACGAUGAAAACGUAAUGUCUUAUCGAUGUAGAUGCGGUAGUUCUUAUUCCGUACACUCCCAAGAUCUGAAUGAAAGUAAUAACGUGUUACACGUGUACUGCGACGAAUGUACAUUCAUGAUCAUAGUGGAAACGUGAUAUUUCGACGCUUACCAGAUAUUGUUCUACCAAAUUCAUAGAAAAGCCAGAGAAUCUGAAAUCCACAAUUUUUUUCACUCCCUCGGUAUUUCAAAUUCUGUAAAAAUAUUUCCCAGAUAAUUUAAACGUAUGAAAAUAAAUAUGCAAAAUAUAAAAUGCA